AUGCGCCCACGGCCCGCGUCUUCCCUGCAGAAGACAUACGAUGAAUGCUAUCUCGCGUGCUCGACCGCGGUCUAUUUCGAGGGUCAGAACAACGAAGAGGAGGCAUUGAGGUCCUGGAGAUCCGCCCUCGAGACUAUUUACCAUCACAAUGCUCGUCGUGUACCAUCGAACUAUACACCGAAGUCUGAAACGGAGAGGGCUCUGCAGGAUUCUAUCCGCGCGCUAGAGGUCCAAUGCCGCGAGCGAGUCGAUCUACUCGAGGCCCUGCGCGAAAGCCGGAAGGAAUCUGCCGAGGCCAACGGGAGCAAAGACGCUGCCACCCUGAUCAAGGGCAAAUUCCCCGCCAUCUUACAACGAUCCUCCUCAUCCAAUAACCACCCCGGCUGGAUCGGAGACGGUACAAUUCCCGCCGUCGGCUACACCGACCUUUCCAAACCGGCGGCUAUCCCAGGCCGCCAUUCGGUUCCGUCCAUGGCGAGACAUACCUCCGAGCCGCAAUCCCUCCAGGACGAUGCUCCUUUAUUGGACUCGCCGGCUCUGCGUGUCAACUCGAACUCGUCCGAGAAGACCAAGUCUCGAGGGUCGAGCCCGGAGCGACGCAAGACGAUGCUGACGACGCUACGAAACACAGAUGGAAAGAAGAAUGGGAAGAAGUCCAAGGCCAGCACAAAGAAGAAGGAGAUGCGGCCGACCGCCUCCAAAGCAGCGGGAUUGGCUUGGGGAAACAUCUAUCGGACCCCGUCGAGCGAGAAGACCGUGAACGAUGCGACGCUGGCUUCGACUCGUCAGAUGGCAGCUAGCGACCCUAGUUUUCGCCGCGAAACGGAGCCGAGGACCAGCUCUGGCGACGAACCUCCCUCGUUGGGGAGACUUCCUCCGCGAAGAGAUUCUGCAGCGGAUCGGAUUCCUCCGGCAAACUGGCGAGAGCCUAAGCUACCAUCCUCUCUGAGCAGACCAUCACCCAGGUCUUCUGCUCAAGUGUCUCCACGAAAACCUCAACCUGCCUCUGAAAGUCGCCGACCGCUUCCUCCUCCUCCCGGUCUAGUUGCCAUGCCGGAUCCACGGGACUUCACCCCUUCACCUACCUCUUCGCCGGCUGCCAAGCCAUCAAUAAAACCUAAGCCUGUUGGCUUGAGGACAACACUCCCGCCUCCCCCACGAAUCACAAAUAUCACAAAAUCAGAAGGCAACUCUCGACCAACGACGCCCCGGCAGGAUCCGGACGGCAAUAUAUCAAGUAGCAAGCCGCGAACAAAGUCUGCACCGCGCGUCGCUCCAACCAGUCAGCCGACCUACAUGUCACCAUCUUCAGGCAGUGACGAUGUUCAGCGUGGCGUGGAUCGAAUGUCAAUCUCAGGAGCGAACGGCAGCAACGCCUUACGACGCAAACCACCUCCAGUGAAGCGACGAGAGACACCUCCCUCGAGUGAUCAGGAGUCUUGGGAGCAGCGAUCGUCAGAAGGCGAAGCAGAAGAUGAAGACGAAGGUGACGACCAUGAUAUCACCAAGAUUUUGAGCAAGUUGCCCAAAGGCGUGGAUCUACAGUCCGCGCGGCAGAUCCUCAAUGAUAUCGUCGUACGUGGCGACGAGGUAUAUUGGGAUGAUAUCGCAGGUCUUGACGGAGCCAAGAAUUCUCUCAAGGAAGCAGUGGUAUAUCCAUUCCUCCGACCCGAUCUAUUCUCAGGCCUCCGCGAGCCUGCCCGCGGCAUGCUCCUUUUCGGCCCUCCAGGCACAGGCAAAACUAUGCUCGCCCGUUCCGUAGCCACGGAAUCCAAAUCUACGUUCUUCUCUGUUUCCUCCUCAAGUUUAACGUCCAAAUGGCAUGGCGAAAGCGAAAAGCUCGUCCGUGCUUUGUUCGGUCUCGCCAAGGUUCUUGCACCCUCCAUCAUCUUUGUCGAUGAGAUUGACUCUUUGCUAUCUGCACGGUCUUCCGGUUCCGAGCACGAGGCAUCGCGCCGAUCAAAGACCGAGUUUUUGAUUCAAUGGUCUGAUCUCCAGCGUGCUGCUGCGGGCCGUGAGCAGAGUGCCCGCGAUAAGAAGGAAGGUGAUGCGAGUCGUGUUCUAGUCCUUGCGGCAACGAAUAUGCCAUGGGAUAUUGAUGAGGCUGCGCGGCGCCGGUUCGUACGGAGGCAAUAUAUUCCCCUACCAGAACACCAUGUACGCGAGCAACAGCUACGUAAGCUAUUGAGUCAUCAGCAUCAUGAAUUGAGCGCUGAGGAUAUCGAAGUGUUGGUCCAUGUCACAGAAGGCUUCUCCGGCUCUGACAUCACAGCCCUCGCCAAAGACGCCGCCAUGGGUCCGCUCCGCAACCUCGGCGAAGCGCUCCUAUACACACCCAUGGACCAAAUUCGUCCCAUCAAGUUUCAGGAUUUCGAGGCAAGCUUGUACUCUAUUAGACCCAGUGUCUCACCAGAUGGGCUGCGCAGGUAUGAGGAUUGGGCGCGAGAGUUUGGUGAACGUGGUGGAUAG